CUCUACUGUGAAGAAUGGGAAGGAGUGGGCGCGCGCAGCUGUCACUCCCGGAGUUUUUCCUCCCCUCGUGCAGUCCGUCCGUUCAUCCGUGCCACGCUGAGAGAAAAGAGCCCCGAAUCUCGUGCCACUGUUCGCGUUCUCGGUGAUAUACCGCAAAAGAAAGAAUGGGAGGCAAGCUCAGCAGGAGGAAGAGUGAAUCUACUGCCGGGUCGGAGGGCGCUCCCGCCACCGACCCCGCCGCCGCGCCAGCAGAGGGCGCUGCCCCUGAGGAGGCCACUAAGGAGGUGACGGCAACUGCAGAGGAUGCGCCUGAGGCGACCUCGGAGGAGGCCAGUGCCGGACCCCUGGCGGGCGUCCUGGAGUCGAUGAGCCAGACGGUUCAGGAGACAGUGAGCGCGGCAACAGAGCAGGUGAGCGUGGCAACGGAGCAGCUCCCGACAGCCCUGCAGGCUCCCGUGGACGACGCCAUAAAGACCGCCUCGGACAGCGCCAUGGGCAUGGUGGAUUCCAUGAUGGCCGCCCUGAGUGUGAAGGAGGAGGCCAAGGAGGAGCCUGCUCCGGAACCAGAACCUGCUGCCAUUCCAGAGCCCACACCAGAACCAGCCACCAUUCCAGAACCAGUUUCCAUUCCAGAACCAGAGCCUGUGGCAGUUUCACAGCCGGAUCCAGAACCCGCUGCUCCUGAACCCGAACCCGCUGCUCCUGAACCCGAACCCGCUGCUCCUGAACCCAAACCAGUUCCUGAGCCUGAGCCGCUGGUGGCUCUGUCUGAGGAGCCCGCCCCUGAACCCGCUGCCCCCGAACCUGCGCCUGCCUCUGCCCUGGACGACCUGAUGGCCGAGCCUGUUCCAGAAGCGCUCAUUCCCACCCCCGAGCCAGUCCUGGCUGCUGUAGAUGACCUGGCCCUGCCCGAGGUGCCCAGCCCCCCUGCGGAGGAGGAGCUCCCCCUGCCCACAGAGGUGGCCGACAGCAUCCAGGACACGCUGGAGCAGUGCGCGGAGAGCUCCCCGCUCGACAACCUCCAGCAGGUGACCGGACUGAAAGUGGACUUGAGCCCUGCCGACGACGGGAUGCUGGUCCCGAUGACCUGGCGGGCGUGGCUGGGGAAGCCCUCACAACCGCCUCCGGCAUCGCCAACGACCUCAUCUGAGCACAGCACUGUGCAUACACACACACACACACACACACACACACACACACACACACACACACAGAGCCCUCCCCCUCCUACACACACUACAGGACUGAAGAGUGCGCGUGUGUGUGUGUGUGUGUGAGCGGUUUAGACGUAGUGUGACGUUUUAGUUCUGUGAGUAAUGACGUUGGGUUCAGUGAGGGCUCGGUGGCCUGG